CACUUCCGCCCUCGCCCGCGGGGACCUCAGCCGGGCGGACAGCUCUUUUCCUGGAGCUGGUGGCCGCGCCCCCACUGCCGCAGCCGCGGAGGCGCUCCGCCGGCGGUUUCCCGCGACUGGGGCUCGGGCCGGGGCCGGGGCCGGGCCGCGAGGACGCAGACGCCCCUUCAGAUUAAGAGUCUCUGCCGGGCUACUCGUCCGUCCCCAGGAAGGUUUGGGGCGGAGACCUGAGAGCGGUGCCCGCCGCUCGCCCCCAGUGACUGUCCAGGAGACGGAGCGGGCGGCCCCCGGGCCCACACCUAGUGGGUGCCCGCAGCAGUGGCCGGCACAACCGGUGGGACUCGCCAGCGACUGCUGAGGCAGAGACCUGAGGGGCGGUUCACGGUCUCCAACCCGGGCGGGCUUUGUGGCCAGUGGUGGAUAGAAGGUGAAUUGUGAUGUGUUUGGAAUGUGGGACCUUGGGGAGUUCCGUAACCAAGAGGCAAAAGUAACAACAGCCAGUCAAGACAAAAAGAACUGCUUCUCCCUUCUUCCUCCUCCAAAUUCCUGGUGGAGAGCCAAGUCCAGCAUCCCAGACUUGUGUGACUACACAGGCAAGCACUCAGAGACUAACCUCACUGUGGUACCCUAGCCCUUGGUAUAUCGAGGUGUUGGCUUUCUGAGCAGGCAGGAGGCUUUUAAGUAGCAAAGCUCCCUGCUCGCGGCAAGCCCAACACCAUGGGGAAGGGAAACACCUUGGAGGCAGCACCUCCCACCUCAGCCUACCGCUCUGUCAUGGAGGAGUAUGGUUACGAGGUGGGCAAGGUUAUUGGCAAUGGCUCCUAUGGGACGGUGUACGAGGCUUACUACACAAAGCAGAAGGUCAUGGUGGCUGUCAAGAUUAUCUCAAAGAAGAAGGCGUCCGAGGACUAUCUUAACAAGUUCCUGCCCCGCGAGAUACAGGUAAUGAAGGUCCUGCGGCACAAGUACCUCAUCAACUUCUAUCAGGCCAUCGAGACCACAUCCCGGGUAUACAUCAUUCUGGAGCUGGCUCAAGGUGGUGACGUCCUUGAAUGGAUCCAGCGCUAUGGGGCCUGCUCUGAGCCCCUUGCUGGCAAGUGGUUCUCCCAGAUGACCCUGGGCAUCGCCUACCUGCACAGCAAGGGCAUUGUGCACCGCCUGACCCCCAGCCUUUCUGCUGCUGGUAGGGACUUAAAGUUGGAGAACCUAUUGCUGGACAAGCGGGAGAAUGUGAAGAUAUCGGACUUUGGCUUCGCCAAGACGGUGCCUUCUAGCCAGCCUGUGCGCAGUAGCCCUUCCUACCGCCAAGCGAACUGCGUUACCCACCUCAGCCAGACCUACUGUGGCAGCUUUGCUUAUGCCUGCCCGGAGAUCCUGCUGGGCUUGCCCUACAACCCUUUCCUGUCUGACACCUGGAGCAUGGGGGUCAUCCUCUACACUCUAGUGGUUGCCCGUCUGCCCUUUGAUGACACCAAUCUCAAGAAGCUGCUGAAAGAGACUCAGAAGGAGGUCACUUUUCCAUCUAACCACACCAUCUCCCAGGAGUGCAAGAACCUGGUCCUCCAGAUGCUAUGCCAAGCCACCAAGCGUGCCACCAUCCUGGACAUCAUCAAGGAUCCCUGGGUGCUCAAGUUCCAGCCUGAGCAACCCACCAAUGAGAUCAGGCUGCUCGAGGCCAUGUGCCAGUUCCCCAGCACCACUAAUCGCCAGUCCUUGGAAAUCAGUACCUGAAAGUGGCUGAGGGAGGGGACUGAGAGAAAAGCAAAGCAGAAGGGUCUGGGGCUAAAAAUCUUUUAUACCAAAAAUAAAUUAAUUCUGAUUUAGUUUCAUCAGCUGAGGUCAAAGACAUUCUUUCCUCAGGGGAAACUUGGCAGGGAAGACUGCUGACGGAAAGAGGUGGAUUUCUGCCCAGAGUCUGUAACAGACUCCUGUUAAGUCAACGUUGUGAUUCAAAAUGUAGCUUGUAUGUGGCUCAUGGGGAGGGGUGCUCAGAUGAACACCUGCCCUUGGGAAGCUUCAUCAUUCUCACUAAGUACAUGCUCAUUGUUUUACAUCUCUGUGCACUCUAAAUGUUCAAGCCGUGGGGUGGAGGCCCUGGCUGCUCUGUGGUCAUGGCUCUGCCUCUGUCUAUAAUCCAAAGGGAUGUCACUGUUCCGUUAGAAAUGGGUAUCAGGAUGCGUGAACUAUCUUGGUGCCUUCUCCCUCCUCCAAAUGUCACCUUAACCACUACUGAGACAAUCCCACUGAGUCAUGACCCCUCGCAUUAUUGCCCCUAGACACACAAGUGCCAGUUCAAACCGAGCCUUUUACCUAUGGGUUCUGAAUAAAGGAAAACUACUUUA